AUGUUUUACCCAAUUAAUCUACUUUCCCGCCGACAAAGGGGAAAAUUUGCUGCUUCCUGGCUUGCUUCAACGAAUAGUGAGACAUCAUUUAAGAAACUCUACACUUCUGAUGCUAUAAAGAAGAUCAACGUUGAACAAACGUGCAAUGAUAUUCUGGAAGUAAUACAAUCUUCCAAUGGCAAACCUGAUAAUAGAUUCAGUUUGUAUCUGUCAUCACAAUUAAUGUCCGGUAUAGCAAAAAUUCAUUCUUAUCAGGUUGAAUACUAUGAGAAGGAAAUUUUUAAAUUUGAACAAAAUCUUGAACCUUCUGUAUCAUCAAAGAAGAAAGGGGAUAAGUUUGAUAAUUUUAGGGAUAUUGAAUGUCCUGACAUAGAAUUGCCUAACAAUUUUUUUAGCACUCAACUCUUGAAAGAAGACUUACAUAUUCUUCCUGAAGAUCAGCCUUAUGACAGGUUACAAAUAGUUAUGCGAGAUGUGGAACUCCUGAAUUUUGGUUGCUUAAAUAAUGAAGAGUUGGAAUUGUUUCUGUGUAACGACAAUGAUCUGCGAAAUUUACAUAUUAGUGAGGAAAGAAACCUUUUGGAGGGGUUAGCUGGUAUAACAAUUGCAGAAGAGGUUUAUCGCCAUUCAUCACAAGAAAGCCUUAGUCCAGUGCUUGUAAAUAUAUCGAAAAGAAGGACUAAGUUCAUAGGAAAUUUAUCUCUCACUCCACAAAAACGGCAACCGCAAAUUCAACCUGAAACACCUACAAAGAAAAAACGUUUAUCUUUUGAAACUGCAGCCAUGCCUCCUGCAGAAGAUGUGGCAGUACCCCUUGUAAAAAAUUUGGCAAUACCGGCUCCUGAAUUGCCUGUGGAAAAAACAGGAAUGUUAGUUCCUUCACAACAAACAGACAUGGAAUUGGAAUCAUUAAAUUCAAGCUACUUUGUGAUUAACAAGCAUUCGAAAAAAAGUAAAAUUAUUGAUAAAGAGAUUGUCUUAACUGACAAACAACUUUGGAAAUGGCGUGAGAAUGUAAAUAUUCAAAGCAAGAAAAUAGAUAAGCCCAAAAAACGUUUGACAUCAGCGAUAAAUCUUCUCAAAGAACCUUCAUACUUAUCUAAGCAAUGGAACGCUAGUUUACGCAAUCAUUUUGUUGAUCACAUCACCGGACCGUUUAUGAGUGUAGAUGAGGAUAUUGCGCCUGUUGAAUUUGUGCAAUUCCAAGAAACAAUCCGCAUAGAAGAGACAAUUAACAAGCAAAAUCUUCCUAUGGAAGAUUUGAGUACAUUUGUGAAAACGGAUACCGUAAUUACUGCUGAACCUGUAGACAGUAUUUUAAACGUUUUGCCAAUGCCAAUAGCUCACGCGGAUGUGUCAAUGCCACCGUUACAGGAAAUAAUACCGCAUACGAUUACUUUAGAAGAAGGCAUUAGUAGCUCAAAUGGGAUUUUGGAACCCGAACUUACAAGUAAAGAUAUUUUGGCUCAAUUAGAAGUUUUUUGGUUUAACGAACCGUGUGUCAAGUUCAGUCAGCUUAUUCCAAAGGAUAUAUUUACAGCAGAGGAUGCUGCUGAUGCUUUUAAUAUACUUCUCGUACUGCAAAUUAUCAUUACUGUAAUAUAUUAUUUAGUAAUAUACCUUAUGUUAAAACCUUUGAUGUUUCAAUGA